GUAAUACCAUAACUUAGUCUAAUCUUUUGAUCAGAAAUCUUUUGAUCAGAAAGUUAUAAUCAGAGUAGUUGCUCCGCUCUUUUAUAAGAUGUUGAAAAUUCGUCAAUUACAAAAGAAGAGACAAGAGGAAGCUGCUGCUGCAGCUGCUGCCGAAUUUUCAGGGAAUACAUCAGACAGCACAAAUGGAGAGGUAAGUAAUGAAAAACAAAAAGUCAGUGCUGCUCAGCUCAGACUCCAAAAAGACAUAACUGCAUUGGAAUUACCACCUAGUAUCAAGGUGAUAUUCCCCGAACCAUCAGACUUAUUUCAUUUCAAAUUGACCAUCAAUCCUCAACAGGGGUACUAUAAGUCGGGUAUAUUUGAGUUUAAAAUUGAAAUCAACAACAAUUUCCCCAUAGAGCCUCCCAAAAUCAAAUGCUCCAAUAAAAUUUAUCAUCCAAAUAUUGAUUUAGACGGUAACGUUUGUCUUAACAUUUUGAGAGAGGACUGGUCUCCAGUUUUGAACUUGAACUCGGUAUUCAUUGGACUCAACUUUUUGUUUUUAGAGCCAAAUCCAAAUGAUCCUUUGAAUAAAGAGGCUGCUAAUGUAUUAGUGAAAAACAAGACUCAGUUUACAAGAAAUGUUCGGGAUUCAAUGAGAGGAGGUUAUGUCGAACACGAAUAUUAUGAUCGUGUAAUAUAAUGACCCAGCUCUAUAUGUAUAUAACUAGUUGUUGAUCAAAUCACUUUCUUUCCUCUUCCGGAAUCACGUUCUCUGGAUAACAGCGUAAACCCAGCCUUCCAAAACAGUGCUUGCGUCGAUUGUCUGCAAAAAAUCACAUUUUUGCCCUACUGAAAGCCCACCAUAAGUAUCAUUUAAUUUUCAUAUCUAAGAUGAUUCCACACAUGUAGCAAUACUCUUUUCUCAUGAAAUAGAUGGUAGUAAAAUCGAUAAUUUCUUGUUUGA